AUGUCGCUGAUAAGAUCUUACAGCUUUCAUGUAAAUUUCGGAAUCCAAGUAGAUGUGGAAUUGAAGGGUGCUGGAAAUAGUGGGGCUAAAAAGGCAUCAGCAGGCAGAGGAAAAGGCGGUUCUAAUAGCAAAGAUAAGAGAGGGGGACGAGGUGCUGGUGCUGCUUCCAAGCGAAAGAGAUGA